ACUCCUGGGGUCCGCCAACAGUCAAAAUGUCCAAAGGGCCUCUUAUUCUCUGGCUGCUGAUUGAACUUGGGCGGCUUUCUCUGAUUUCAGCUGCACCAGAGACUGUGAGAGGGUAUCUGGGUCAGACAGUGACCUUGCCCUGUAAGUACUCAUCCUGGUCUAAGGGCAGCCACAGCAUGUGUUGGGGCAAGGGCGAGUGUCCCAAUUCGAAAUGCACCAACGAGCUUCUCCACACUGAUGGGAUGAAGGUGCUGUCCAGGAAGUCAUCAAGAUAUGAACUUCAGGGCAAUAUCCGAGAAGGCAACGUGUCCUUGACCAUCUUCAACACCAAUGAAGGUGACAACAGUGUAUACUGCUGCCGCGUAGAGGUCCCUGGCUGGUUCAAUGACAUGAAAAAGAACAUUCACCUGCAGCUGAGGAGAGCCCCAACUACCAAGCGCUCAAUAACACAUCUCCCAACAACCACCACUGCCAUGAUGACAACCACGACUGUGCUUUCAACAACAGCUGUGACUACACCUGAGCUAACAACCAGAGCACCACUUCAGACUACCCUCACAACAGUGGCAACCACAUGUCCCCCAACAGUAUCAACUUUUCUUACUGAAGCAACCACAGUUCUUCAGACCACUGAGCCUUCAAUGGGAGCACCCACUCUCAUUACAGAAUCAGAAACGUUCUUUCUCUCCAGUGACUCUGAGACAAGCACCAAAGUGACCUCCGGAAACAUUGCCAUGCUUACAUCCAGAGAGUCGGAAGGGUGGGUUCUUCAGUCAACAUCCCAGGCAUCGAUGUGGGAUGUGAGUGACUCCGUGACGUUUGCUCAGCCAGGAGCAUCUGAGACGGCAAUGAUUGUGCAGAAUGAAGCUGAAUCAGAAGAGGUAAAAAUGGUCACCAGCUCUGACCUGCUAAUGAUCACUGUUCCCUCCGCGGGAUUUGUGCUGUUGGUGUUGCUUGUGGCAUUUUUCCUUCGAGGGAAAGUUGUGAAAACCAAUUGUUUCCAGAAACACACAAGGUUUGACAAUGUGGGAGAAUGUAAAAACACCUCUGAAGACAUGCAGCAUGGAAGAGAAGAUGAAGAUGGUCUUUUCACACUCUAACGGGCCACUUUUUCUUAAGAUUGAAGAUGGGGGCAUGAUGUGGGAAUUGUCAAAAUAAGUCUUAGAAUGUUUUGUUUUUAAAGCCCCAUCUAUUUCAUUGGUGUCAUCGAUCCAGUAUUAUGUUAAUUUCACAAGUGCAAGGGACUUAGAGACUGAACCUCCCCUGCCAGGUGCUUUACCCCCUCUGUAGCAUUAUGCUAAGUGAUCUUCCAGACUAUGUUUGAAUACUUUCAGUGAUGGUGAGCUCACUACCACACUUAAAGGAGAUCAUUCAAUCUCUGGGCAUUUCCAAGACAGAAAUAUUUAAAACAAAGUCUGUCUCCAGAUAGCAUCUGCCUAUCGGUCCUAGUUGAAUUUAUUGUGUUUACCAAGAAUCUCUCUUCUCUCUGGCAGCACUCCAGAUAUUGGAAGGAGAACUUCAUGUCUCUCCAAAUUGCCUUGUUUCUGGGACACGAUUUCUGGUCCCUUCUCUACCGUAGUUGCCUUUGCCUUGUACGCAUGUGUAUCUCUCUCUGUGCCCCAGCUUGCGGAGUUCAGUGCCCACUCCAGGGAUGGUAUGUGCAGCCCUGGGUCUCAUCAAUAAUUCAGAAAGUGAUGUGGAACCGUAUAUAAUUUUGGCUCACUUUUUUUUUUUAAUUUUAAGAAAAGACUGUCCCUUAAGAAGAGCUCUGCAGUGGCAGGUGUGGUCACACAGAGUCAGGACUUCUCUGUAACAGGAGGAAAAUGUCCAGGUAGAGGCGGUUGUGAGAGACCUCAUUUAAUCUGGCAUUUCCCCGGACUCUUACAGCAGCUUCUGAGCUGCCUCCCCGUCUACCCCCCUUCCCUCUCAUGUACUCUUCAUGCUGUGGCAGAGAUAUAUUUUUCUAAAUGCA